AUGAAGGCAUCCACCAAUAACGGCAUAGUAGAUGGUUCAAUUGAAACCCACGGGUCAUUUCAUUCAUCAUUGACUGCAAAGCAUUGGUUGAUUAUUGGUCUUGUAUUGAUAUGUAUCCUUCUAUUCCACUUUAGAAACCGUAUUGGAGAGUUCCAUGAUCGUUUAAGAAUGGGUAGAAGAAUGAGAUAUGUAAACUUGAAUGACGAUUUCACUGAAGAUGUAGAGCAAGGAUUAUCUAGUAGAAACUUUGACUUGACUAAUAACGCUGGCGAUUCAAGAGAAGGAUUAAAUGAGGAACAAAAGGAAGCUAUAAAGAAAAUCAUGAAAGAUAAAGGUAUCAGUUUCGAUCAGGCAAGAUUGGAAUUCACUAAACAAACAUUUGGCUCAAACGGUGUUGGACCUGAUGGUGUUCCAUUAGAUCCUAAGGUGGUUACUUUCAGUUAA